AUGGCAUCGCCUCUUCCCCCGGGGCUGGCCCCCUCAGAGAUUGCGUUUCUGUGCGAAAUGGAACUGAUCACCAUUGUGCCCCGCCAGAAACUGGAGAGAAUCGAUCUUCUCUCGGGCACGACACCGACACUGCGACCUCCCCGACGCGAGAACGUGCCCCUGUGGCUUGCUCUCUUGCUCAAGAAGCAGCGAAGAGCCAACAUCCUCCCGCCGCCAUGGCUGCAUCCCGACUCGCUUGACCACAUCAUCAAGUACGAAACCAAGGUUGACCCUGUCGGAUGGGCGCCGCCACCACCUCCGUCUGCACGCGCAGACGGGCGAGGUAAUGCACGAAGAACAAAUCGACCGGGCACGGUGCCUCUGUCUGCUCCCUUCCUCUCCUCCUGUACAUCGGACGCUCCCAGCGGCGCCAUUCCAUACCACUGGUUUGAGCUCGCCGAGAUGCUGCUCGCGCAUGCAGCGGACGACAUCACAUCCUCGGCGGAAGUGCGAGGCCUGCUUCGCGACCUACAAGAAGUGCGUUCUGCCAAGUUGAGAGCCAUCCCGGCGCAGCUGGAGGCCGGCAUUGAUGGUGUGAUGAGUCUCCGCGGUGUGGGCGCCAUGGAGCUGGCGGAAAGCCGAGGUCUGAUCGGCGGUGUCAUUGAGGGCGUACGCAAGAUUGGCGCAAGUGCCGAGCUCUCGCGCCGUGAGGAAGAGGAGCAACGUGGUGACGCCGACAUGGACAAUGAGGCCAGCGACGAUGAUGGCAUGGGAUUCUAG